ACUCUCUCCUCUCGCUGUCAGAAAUAUGCCCACAUGCGUCAGUCCCAGCUCGGCGCCUCCAGGCCCUACUACACGUCGGUGCUGUGGUGGAGUGGAGUGGUUCUGAUGGGGGUAGGGGAGCUGGGGAACUUCGCAGCCUACGGCUUCGCUCCGGCCUCCCUCAUCGCACCCCUGGGCUGUGUUUCAGUCAUAGCCAGUGCAGUCAUCUCUGUGGUGUUCCUUAAAGAGACGCUACGAGCCUCUGAUAUUGUUGGUGGAGCUCUAGCAGUGUUGGGGACCUAUCUCCUGGUCACCUUCGCCCCUCACACCUCCACCCACAUCACCGCCCACCUGGUGCAACGAUACGCCGUCAGCUGGCAGUUCCUGAUUUACCUGGUAUGUACCCUAACCCACACCUGGUAUGUACCCUAACCCACACCUGGUAUG